AUGGAACGUAGAGAUAUAGCUUUAACCAAAUUUAAUUUUCUAAGACAAGCAAAAUUCAAUUCCCUUUUUAAUUUUGUUAUAUUUCUAGAUGAGACGUGGCUAAACGCUAAUCAUACAGUUGGCAAGAUAUGGACAGACGACACUCCUCACUCCUCCACAAAAGUACCUAGUGGCAAAGGCAAACGCUUAAUUAUUUGUCAUGCGGGUUCCAUGAAGGGAUUUGUUCCGAACUGCCUCUUGGCAUUAAAAUCUAAGAAAACUGUGGAUUACCGCGAAAAGAUGAAUUUUGUUAAAUUUAAGGAAUGGUUUUGUACCUUAUUGACCAACUUGAAUGAGCCAUCGACAAUCAUUAUGGAUAAUGCACCGUAUCAUCCAGUACAAAUAAGUAAGCCUCCAACUUCUAGCAGCAAAAAAGCCGAUAUUGUGAAAUGGCUGAAUGACAAUAAUAUUAUUGCUGACAUGUCCAUCUUAAAAGUUGAGCUGCUGCAUUUGGUUGCUAUAAAUAAGCCAGCUAGACCAAAAUACGUAUUGGACGAAAUGGCUAAGGAAGCCGGACACAAUUUAGUGCGCCUUCCACCCUACCAUUGUCAAUACAAUGCCAUAGAAUUGAUUUGGGCGCAAAUUAAAGGCAAGAAUUUAAACAAAUCUUUUUAUAAUUUAUUUUUACCUAUUUUAACAUUUUAUCUGUUGCUAUAUUAA